AUGGGAGUGAGUGAAAUGGAUAAAUACGUUGUGGAUAGUACUGAAGCCAAGAAUUGGGUGAUUUCUGGAAUUGCGUUAAGGGGUCCAUUGAAACCCAUCUUAACAACCAUUCCUGCAAGAAAAACUUGUGAUGAAAUCCAACAAUCACCAGAAGCAGAAGAAGAAUCUCAGUCCUGUUGUACUACUCCAACUUCACAAGGAUCAAGACUUCCAAGUAGAUUGGUAUGCCCACCUGCUCCAAAGAAGAGGAAACCUUCAUCAAGAUCAGCAUGUUACUACUUCAGUACUGGAGCUAGGGAAUUCUUUAUUCCACCUCAUGAUUUGGAUACUGUAUUCAGAAGACGUGCUGAGAAGGCCUAA